UGUUCUAUGAUUAAUAUGAUCCUGUUUCUCCUGGAGGUGACGACGAAGAGCAUGUUUUGAAACACCUCGUUUGACUAUACAGUCACACUGCUCCACAGAUCAUUUGAAAACCUCUUUGCAUCAAUUAUCAGUACGAAGCCAUGCUUUGCAUCAGUCACAGCUCAUACUCUGUGAAGAUUCCAGAAGAGGCAAGUGAUUCUUUUUAGACUGACUGGGUGGCAGCUUCAGUCAUCUAACAACUCUACAAUGAUCUUGAGGGGGAGACGCUAUGGCCUUCAAGGAUGUGCUCUUUGUCUUUGUCUGAUCUCACGGAGCGCCCCCAGCAGGCCAGGCCAGUGCUAGGCCCUACCAGGGGGUGCGCGUCCGAGACCCAGUCAAGGAGCUGUUGAGAAAGAAAAGAGGACUUGACCCCCACAGCACCUGGACAGCGCCACCUGCAGCGGGUCCGGCCACUGUCAUCAGCCUGCCAUCAUACUCCCAAGUCUGUAAGUCAAUGUUCCACAUCAGCCCCUGGAGUCCAGACAUCGGUUGUGAACGUAAUCACCUUGCUGUGUUUGUGCCCUCAGAUCAGGUUGGCUUUGACGCAGUCGGAUGCCCCCCCAGCCCCUCCACCCCCCCAGCAGGCAGUGAGGGAGGGGGGCAGUGUGCCGGCUGGGUUGCCCCCUCUCCAGAACCCCCCAGUGCCUCCUGGCCCUGCCCUGACUAUUACCAGCAGAAUGACCUCAUGACCUCAUGCACAACCUUUACCCCGACGACUUUCAGCACUGCGACCUUCACCCCCUCGACCUUGAGCUACCCCAGUGGCCCAGCGAUGGCGGGGGAGGUUUACAUGCAGUCUGUGUGUCCCAGCUACACGGUCCUGGCCCCACCCUCUGUACUCACCUACACGCACACACCACUUUUCACCAACUUUGGGACCAUCCCUGUGUCCUCUGGAUCCCCCCACUUCCCCCAGGUGGAGCUUCAGGAUGUCGCCUACAUCCCCUGGGCCCAGCCCUUUGCCUCCCUGCCUUCUGUACCCACCCAAGCCUCCAUACCCACCCUGCCCACACUCUCCAACCUCCAUUCCACAGGGGUCCAGUUUGCCGCCUGUUCUGCCACCCUGCCCGGGACCUUGCUCCCCAUGGCACUGCCGCUGAGCUCCCUGCCUCAGACCAACCCCCAGACUGAGGGGCGGCACGCCCCCCAGACACUGGAGGAGGCCCUGGGAGAGGCUUUGGAGGUGGACCCAGGCCCCGACCAGCAACCAGAGCCUAUGAACCCUUUGGAGAUGCUUCUGGAAGAACAGGUGGAGGCAGACGAGGAGAAAAAAGAGGAGGAGGUGGAAGAACAGGAGGAGGGUAGAGAGACAUUUCGUCCCUUGCUCUUCACAUCGGUUAUCUGAAGCCUCAGUUUUAUUUCAUUAGAGAAAUAAAAGAGUUUCAUUAGAGUUUUAUGUUUGUCUUUUCUGAUGAAGCCUCUUGUGAGUACUACAGUUACCAGUUACAGUAUUGCAUACAUUUACUUUCGUACAAAUGACAUAUUUAGAUCUAGAUUAGGGUUCCUACCUCGUCAUUUGGGCCUGUCCUUCUCCUCUCCUUUUUCUUCUUAUCCUCUCAAUAUCUUCCUCGCUUUUUCUUCCUUUGCCCCUCCAUCCCUUCCCUUCUCCUCUCUCGUUCUUCUCUUCUUUCUCACUCCUCUCCUCCAUGACACCGAUAGACCUCAGUCCUCAGCCUGCCCAGUCACCCCCGGCCAGGGGCAGGUCUGCAGGGUGGAGCUGGUCCAGAUGCUGGUCUGGGACUGGGCCAGAGGGAUUUACACCAGGUCACGAUGCAAGGAAUGUGAAUGGAUCCCUGAUAAAUGUGUCAGUCCUUAUCUCUCCUCCUACCCUGGGACAUUUGUUUGCUCCACGGGGGGAAAACGGCCUGAGUAGUGGCUGGAGGGAAGGCAGGGGAGGGGGGGUGGGGUGAGGGCAACUGUCACCUCUGCCUGGUCC